AUGUCUGGUAGACAAUCAUUAUACGGACAAUCCCUUGUCAGAAACGCCAAUGCAUUGAACUUUGGAAUCGAUAAUUCACAGGAAAAACAUUGGAAAAGAGAUUGGUAUAGUCCUACUAAAUCUGUCCCAGUAUCAACCAAUAUAACACCAAGUGCUACUCCAACCCCAUUUGGUGAUGAAAGAGACACUCCAUCAUUAGAUCAACAACAACAGAAUUAUAAAUUCAAAGUGAAAGUAUGGACCAUUGAUACCGAUUAUAAACCAAUUGUUGAUGGUGAUGAAGAAGAUAUUUUAGAUAUUGAAGAAUUUUCUAUAAUAAACAAAAGAGAUGCUAAUGGAUUAACGGAUGCUGAUAUUAGAGGUGCUGUUGGUGGUGGUGAAGCAAUUCCAGGUAUAUCGAGUAAUAAUGAUGCUUCAUCUCAACAACAAAAUGGGGAAAAACCUGCAAAAACUGAUGAAGCCCAAGCCCAAGCUCAAGCCCCAACAACCACAGAAACUUCUAAACCUGAAUCAACCGAACAAUCGCAAGAUACAACAACUAAUGUAGAAGAAUCUAAAAAUACAGAAGCUUCAAAUCCUGUUGAGGCUCAAACUGAAAAUAAAGAAUCAAAUCAAUCAACUACUGAGCCUCAAGAAACAACUACUGAAACCAAUCAACAAGAUCCUAAACCAGAAGAACAAUCAAAAGAUCAAACCAAUGAAUCUACAGAAACCUCUAAUGAAGUGGCACCAGCAGAAGCAUCAGCACCAGAACCACAACCAGAACAAACUCAACAACCAACCGACCAAGAACCAAAGAAAGAUUCUGAAGGUGAUGUUGUUGUUGAAUAG